UGGUCCUCCUGUUCAGCUCCAGCAGUGGCCCGGAGAUGGCACUUUAGAGAGUGGAUAUCUCUUCACACCAGGAGCUAGGAGAGAUCCAAACAGGAGCCACGGGACUCUUUAUUUAUUUUGUUCAAGAAUAUGCACUUGUAGCGCCCCCUGAUAUUCAAAAUUUGAAAAUGCCAGCAUUGAAAGGUUCGCUGGUGUUUGCAGCUCUCUUUGUCUUCUUUGGACUGACCCACUGUCAACAGUUACCAAGUUAUAAUCUCCUGGAAGAGUUCCGUGUGCCUGAGUCGAGAGGAGUGAGGAGGGUGGAUGGCUCUCAACCCGAGGCGGUGGCAUACCGCGUCAACCCCUCCAUCCAUCUACGCAAGACCAUGAGUGACGUGUAUCCAGAUGGCCUUCCCUCUGACUACUCGGUCAUUGCAACAUUUAAGGUGACCAAGGACACUGCGAAGCGGUCCUGGAACCUGUGGCAGGUCAGCGACCCUGACGGACGAGAGCAAGUCGGCCUGCGUUUCCACGGCGACGCGCGCUCUUUAGACUUCUUCUACGCCGGUCCCCGUGGGAGCCAGAUGCUGAGGACCUUCCACGGUGUGGGGAAACUGUUUGACGGAGAGUGGCACAAGUUGGCACUGAGUGUGAAGGGCAGACACGUGAAGCUGCUGAUAGACUGUGAAGAGGUCAGUGUGGAGGCCAUUGAGGAAUCCAGGCCAGUCCUCCGCAGAGGAUACACCACCAUUGUCAAACGAGCUGCAGGAGAUCGCUCUGUGUCUGUGGACCUCCAGCAGAUGGAUGUGUCAUGUGACCCGGAGCAGGCUUAUUCGGAGGGCUGCUGUGAGCUCUCCAGUGUGUGUGGGGGGUAUGCAGAGAUCGGUCUCGUAGGUGGAAGAGCAUCUUGCAAAUGUGUGCACGGACAACCCGGCAUUCAGGGACCUCCAGGGCCAAAGGGUCACAUAGGUCUUGCAGGGAAACCCGGAGAGCAAGGAAGACAAGGAAACUGGGGGAUCAGGGGAGUCACGGGAGACAAUGGCAACGUUGGUGAGCCAGGCCCAAAAGGGGAAGAAGGAAUCAAAGGCGAGAAAGGAAUGAGAGGACUCUGGGGCCAAGUGGGAGACAGAGGUCCUAAGGGGCUGAAAGGACUGGGAGGAGCGGCAGGGUUCAAGGGAGUUCGUGGACCACCCGGAGACAUUGGAGAGACUGGGAACCCAGGAGAUGUUGGUGCUAAAGGCGAAAAAGGAUAUGAAGGAAUUCCUGGGUUCCUGGGAGUCAAGGGAAAUAAAGGGACUUAUGGUGCAACAGGGCGUCCUGGGCCCAGAGGAAAGCAGGGUAUUGUGGGAGAUCCCGGAGAGAGAGGAACUCCUGGAGAGAAGGGGAAGCCAGGGCUCCAAGGUCCUGUGGGCAGAGUUGGCACCAUCGGGGUGAAGGGCAUUACUGGUGAUCCCGGUUUACCUGGCAGAGAUGGCGAUUCAGGAAUAGAGGCGUAUCAGGGUCCACAGGGGCUUAGUGGAAAAAGUGGACGAGCUGGAAGGAAGGGGGAGAAAGGCACCCUUGGGCCACCAGGAGAAAUGGGUCCCCAAGGCCAAACUGGCCCAAGAGGUUUCAAGGGUUCUGCAGGGAAGCCAGGAAGACCUGGAUUUAUUGGCCCACCGGGACCGACUGGACAUGUGGGUGUACCUGGAAAAGCAGGGGCCAAGGGUGACACGGGAAUCCAGGGAACCCAAGGAGUCAAAGGUGCAAAGGGAGAAAAUGGAGUGAAGGGUCCAAAAGGAAAGGUUGGAGACAGGGGGGAGCAGGGACCCCAGGGUGGACGGGGGAAGCGUGGCCCGGCGGGCCUGUCUGGACGUUCAGGUAGUGUUGGAGUCAAGGGGAAUCGAGGUGAAGGAGGACCAGAUGGUUUUCGGGGACCCCCAGGACCACCAGGUCCGACCCUCUCUGCGCAACAUGUGAUCGAGGUUUGCAAGAAAGUUGUGCUGGAGCAGAUGUCCACCUUUGCCAACUCAGUGAAGAGGACAUGUGCUGCAGUUUGCCCUCUUUACGGGGACGUUCCCAAGGGUCCCCCUGGUUCCCCGGGACAGAAAGGACCCCCCGGACCUCCUGGUGACUCUGGUAUUGAUGGUGUUGAUGGAGAAGUGGGUGCACAGGGAUUCUAUGGAGAAGCUGGAGAGACUGGACGAAAGGGAGAAAGAGGUGACACGGGCGAAAAAGGUGACAAAGGAGCCAAGGGUAAUGGCCUACCUGGUUACACUGGAGAUCAGGGACCACAGGGUCAACGUGGGCGAGCUGGCAGAGCGUUUAAUGGCCAGCCAGGCAAGCAGGGUGAGAGGGGACACAGAGGUCAGCCUGGACUCGGGGGUCACCCAGGUCUCAGAGGGCCUCCGGGUGUCUGUGUCACAUCUGGAUGUCCUCAGGUCAACGUCCCCAGUGCGAUACCUCAGCCAGCAUCAGCACCACCACCACCACGCAGACAGAGGAAUCGCCCGUAGAGGAACAAGCGUCUGGACAGUGAGAGUGAGCUUAAAGGAGGAAAACCCGAUACAAUGUUCUUGUUAAUAUGUGAUUGUUCAAAUAAAUUGACAUUUCCAUGUAAAUAUGCAACCAAAACUCGAACUGAACAUCUGGUGACAACGACAACACCUACUUGAGUGGUAACAGAAUACAUUUGUGUAAAAACACCAACAUUUUUAUUUGAUAGAUUUCAUUCUGAGUUGUCUUGAAACACCCGUUCUUUAUAAUAAAAACACAAAACUCA